UAAGCCAAAGUAAUUAAGACCAACACUUUUCUCCUUUCCCAUGGAUAUCAUAGAGAUCAACUCAAAUAUCCCAUUUGACUCUCAAAUCCCAUGUUCAAAUCACUCCCCAAAACUAUAUAUUGAACCUGAAAAGUUUCAUGAUAGUGAGGAUCAUAGCUCUAUGCCUCCUAAAAGAUCAGUCGUGUUGAAAAAUAGAGUACAAAGAAGGUAUCUAGGGGUGAGACAGAGGCCAUCAGGAAGAUGGGUUGCCGAGAUUAAGGACUCAAAUCAAAAGCUAAGGCUUUGGUUAGGGACUUUUGACACACCAGAGGAUGCUGCCUUGGCCUAUGAUAGGGCUGCAAGGCUUUUGAGAGGAAGAAAUGCCAAGACCAACUUCCCAAAUCAGGGAAUUAUGAGUACUUGUGAAGAAAACUUCGACAUAUUGGGGAAAAAUAAUCCAAGGCUUUAUCAGCUUCUUCAACAGGCAGUCAUGAAGAACAAGGCCAAGAACAACUUUUGUAACAUGAAUAUUCCAUUAUGGAAUAAUAAUAAUGAUUAUAAUAUGGGAGAAGUACUAGAUCAGUACUUUGAUUCUUCAGUUUAUAAUGAUUUUGAUACUUUGGUUGAAGAAACCAUAGUUUGUUCUUCAUCCAACUAUGAUUAUGAUUACAGCGAUAAUCAUGAUCAUGAUCACGAGCACGAUCAUGAUCAUGAUCACGAGCACGAUCAUGAUCAGAGGGAUAAUAAGAAGAAUAGUAACAAGCUUUGUAGUAGUAAUAAUAGUACUACAAUUUCACUUGGUAGUUCUAAGGUUUAUUCUUCUGUUGUUGUAGCUCCUUCUUUCAGUGCUUCCAAUCAAUGUUAGAAGAAAAAAAUUGUACGAUCAAGAAAAAUAAAUGACACA